AUGUGUAGAGAUCUGUCGAUUUUCUGUCCUUCUAUCAGAGUGACGUUCGCCAUCUAUCUAUCUAUCUAUCUAUCUAUCUAUCUAUCUAUCUAUCUAUCUAUCUAUCUAUCCCAGUCUGCUCAUAUCUCUGGCUGUCUCUCUGUCUCUCUGUCCUCAUUAAAUCUAUCUAUCUAUCUAUCUAUCUAUCUAUCUAUCUAUCUAUCUAUCUAUCAUAGUCUUUUCACUAUCUAUCUGUUACAACAGGACUCAAUAUCCAUCUCUCUCCUUCUCUUUCUCUCUCUCUCUCUCAUUUCUUUUCUCUCUCUCCUUCUCUUUAUCUCUCUCAUUCCCUUUCUCUCUCUGCUUCUCUUUAUCUCUCGCCCUCUCUUUCUCUCUCCCCUUCUCUUUCUAUCUCUCUCCUUCUCUCUCUCUCUCACUCUCGUUCUCUCUCUCCUUCUCUCUGUCCCUCACUUUCUCUCUCUCCUUCUCUUUCUCUCCCCCUCUAUUUCUAUCUAUCUCUCUUUCUCUCUCCUUCUUUUUCUCCCUUUCACUCUCUUUCUGUCACUUCUUUUCUCUCUCUUUCUCUUUAUCUCUCUCCUUCUCUUUCUUCCUCUCCCUCUCUUUAUCUCUCUCCCUCUCUUUUUCUCCCCCCCCUCUAUUUCUCUUCUUUAUUCUCUUUCUCUCUCCCCCAUCUUUCUCUCUUUCCCCUCUCUCUCCUCCCUCUCUUUCUCUCUCCUUCUCUUUAUUUUCUCCCUCUCUUUAUCUCUCCUUCUCUUUCUGUCACUCCUUCUCUCUCCUUCUCCUUCUCUAUUGUUUUUCUCUAUCUCCUUCUUUUUUUCUCAAUUCUCUCUCCUUCCCCUCCUUUCUUUCUCUCUCUUCCUUUCUCGAUUCCUUCUCUUUCUCUCUCCCCUAUCCCUCUCUCCCCUUUUUUUAUCUCUCUCCUUCUCCCCCCCUCUCUUUAUCUCUCUCUCUCUUUUCUUACUCCUCUUCUCUCCUUUUCUUUCUCUCCUUUCUCUAUCUCCCUUUUCUCUUUUCUCUCCUCUCUCUCUCUCUCUCACUUUUCUCUCUCCCCUUCUCUCUUCUUCUCUUUCUCGAUCUCCUUCUCUCUCUUCUUUCUCCUUCUCUUUCCUUCUCUCUUUUUUUCCUUCUAUUUUCUCCCUUCUCUCCUUCUUUUUUUUCUGUCAAUCCUUCUCUCUCUCCUUCUCCUUCUCUUUGUUUUUCUCCCCCCUUUUUUCCUUUCUCUCUCCUUCUUUCUCCCUCCUUUCCUUCUCUCCUUCUCUUUCUCUCUCCCCCUAUCUUUCUCUCUCUCCCCCUCUCUUUUUAUCUCUCCCUCUCUUUCUAUCUCCUUCUCUUUAUUUUCUCCCUCUCUUUAUCUCUCUCCCUCUCUUUUUCUUACUCCUCCUCUCUCCUUUUCUUUCUCUACUCUCCCUCUCUUUUUCUCUCUUUCUCUUUAUUUUCUCCCUCUCUCUCUCUCUCUUUCUGUCACUCAUUCUCUUUAUCUCUCUCCUUCUCUUUGUCUCUCUCCUUCUCUCCCUUUCUUUAACUCUCUCCUUCUCUUUCUCUCGCACCUCCUCUCUCUAUUUCUCUCUUCUUCUCUUUCUCUAUUCUCUUUCUCUAUCUCCCUAUCUUUCUCCCUCUCCCUCCCUCUUUCUAUUUCCUUCACUUUCUCUCUCUCUCCUUCUCCCCCCCCUCUCUCUCUCAAUAGCUUUCUUUUUUCCAUAUCUAUCUAUCUAUCUAUCUAUCUAUCUAUCUAUCUAUGUGUUUAUGUGCGCGCGUAGGGAAAUUAUCUAUCUAUCUAUCUAUCUAUCUAUCUAUCUAUCUAUCUAUCUAUCUAUCGAGAGAGAGAGAGAGAGAGAGAGAGAGAUCUAUCUAUCUAUCUAUAUAUAUAUAUAUAUAUAUAUAUAG